GUGAAGGAGUGCUUAUAGUUCAGAGCAGGGCUAGUGGGAGGUGACACAAGAGCCCAGAAAACAUUCGGUCCGGAGAUCAUUGUCCUAAAUAGAGAAGUCAGGAAGAAAGGACGAAAUGAGGGUUUAGGGGUGUGCUUUGCAUUUUAUUAACAUUACACUCGGGGACGGUCCCAAGGAGGUCUAAAUUUCCCAGACGUUUGGGAAACCUGGCUUGCUUCUGACUGGCCAGAAGCUCCGCGGGGAGGCACAGCUGAGCCACCAGAGGGCGCCAAGCGGAAGGCAGUGACCCGCGUUAUGGCGGUGGCUCGGGUGCUGCUGCUCCUGUCCGGGCGACCACAGUCGGUGAGCUUCGCGCAGAGUGUGUGCGGCCUCCUAGGCGCCGGGCCAGGACUCGGGCCAUGGCCCACGUACUGCAGCUUGAAGCGAGGACGGCUCGUCCUCUCGAACAGGCCGUUCCCAGACGCCUUCGCUAGACUUCCGCUUCAGGUCAGAAGUGGGACCAGCGAGGGAAGUGAAUGGUCCAAGAUAGGGACUGGAACCGGGUGGGAACACGGCGAGAGUCUAGGAGUCCGGACCUCCGGGUCUGAACUGCCCAUGAAUCGAGGUGUGGAUCUGGGUGUGGCCACCAUUCUGCAGUCCAGCGACCAGACUGUCUUGUUGACCCGAAGGACACGCAAUCUCAGGGUUUCCCCCAACCUUUGGGUUCCCCCAGGUGGACAUGUGGAACUUGAUGAGGAGCUGCUGGACGGAGGACUUCGAGAGCUGUGGGAGGAGACAGGACUACAGCUGCCCCAGGGCCAGUUCUCUUGGGUCCCUUUGGGGUUAUGGGAGUCUGCCUAUCCUCCUAGGCUGAGCUGGGGUUUCCCCAAAUACCAUCACAUCAUUCUUUAUCUACUUGUGAUCUCCCAGGAGUCACAGCAGCAGCUGCAGGUCCGGAUCCAACCAAACCCAAGUGAAGUGAGUGCCUUUAUGUGGCUGGGACCAAAUAUAGCAGCUGCAGUGUCUGCUACAGAGGAUGGGACAGAAACAUCCACAUUUCUCCCUCAGGACCUACCAUCCUCUAUCCUUGCAGUAGAACUAAAAGAGAAUGGAGAAGCCCAGCCUCUGGUCCUGCCAACAUCCACACUGCUGCAGACAACCCCAACCACAGUGGAGGACAAAGAGAGGAUCAGCACUGGAACCAAGUUUGCCCUUGGGCUCUGGCUACAACAUCUGCACAGUGUAACACCCCCAUCAGGUGAAGGUGGAGCUUACGUGGAUGCAGGGUCAUCAAAGGAAGAACAGAACAUGAACCCUCUUGACCCAACCCAGGGAUGUGGAAAGUAAAGUGCCCAAUUCCCUCCCUAGCCCACCUCCAUGACACUCACAUAACAUUCACAACCUUUAUUAUGGGUGAGAACUUUGCUACAACUUUGAAAAUAAAAAGUAAAAUUACAACAUAGGUCCUAGGCCCUUGAGGAGCCAGAAAAAAAAGAGAUCGGGAAGGAGGACACGAAGUCCUCCUACCUCCCAGGAAAGGUGCAAAAUGAGCCAGGGCAAACCACAGGGCCAUGAGCCUCUAGACGCAUAGGCCCCAGGCUGAUCAGUGUUAGGAAACAUUGUGAACUUAAAUAUAUAAAUAGAGAGGGACCCGGCAAUAGGCUGGGCCCUCCCUGCUCUCAAACCCCUGGGGAUCUUGACUAAGGCCUUAUCUCCUACUCAGUCAUACUGGGAAGUAGGAGGCAGGGAAAGUCAUCUUUGGAGUAUUUUGGGGUUUUCUGUUUUUGUACCAAAAAAUCUGCAACACAAAAUAAAGUUUUUUGUCCAUCUCUGAAACUGUCUGUCUCUAUUUUGCCACCUGUGUGGCCAAAGGGAACGGAAUGGACAUGAAAAGUAUGAAUGGUUGGGUUUGGGGGAUGGAGAGGGCAUCUCAGGGUAAAGAAAAGGACCCCUUCCCCAGGAGGCUCUAGAUAGAGUAAAGGCUGAGGAUUCACCCUUCCCCCAACUCAC